AUUCCUUAAAGUAUUCAAAUUCUGAGGAGCUUCCACGCCAGUAUUGCCCGAUUUUUUUCCAGACGACAACAUCACAAAUCUUGGCGGUUUCGUCACAGUCUUGUCAUUUUGUGAAUACUCGCUGGAACAUUCUUUUGUUAUGCAAAUUAUUGACUGUCAGAGUGUUAAAACCACGGCAUCUAGUCUGGGACGGGAAUUCUAGGAUCUUCGGUACAUUCGCACGUGGUUUUGAAGAGAAAUAGUUGAGCACUCGUUAUGCAGAUAUUUCGACUGCUGAAAGAGAAUUGGAGCCCUACGGGGUGGAGCGAUGAGCAGAUGGUUGCUGUUUAGCAGGUUGGAAGAAAAUGGCGUCUGUUUUCAGAGCUGUUCUGUGCCAAGCCGUGUGCACAAAGUCAGAUUUCGGACCCAUUAGGAGAUAAUAACUGCACAGAUAUAGGUGAGAAGACGUUCAUCCCAGGUUCCUUUGUUGCAGUUACUUUUCAGAGUAAGGAAAUUGUUUCCAAGUCAUGGGUGACUGCCUUAGCAACAGGCUGGUGGUGUUGGGCGUGGCCCUGUUUGCUGCCCUCAACCUGAUUGCGGGGGCCAUGAUGGCAUCGGUGGGGCUGGUGGCAUUUCUCCGGAUGCCGGACCUAUUCACCACAGGCUGCAUCAUCUGGGCAGGAUUUGUGGUUUUUCUUUGUGGUGCCCUGCUGCUUCUGAUGUCCAUCUGCAACAAGGACGUAUCCCUGCACAAGAGCUAUGUGAUGAUGGUCCUGAGUCUGACUGUGCUCAUUGUCAGUGUGGCCAAUAUCGUCCUGAUUGAGAUUGUGGAGUGGGAGGUAGUGCGAGGAAGGAAGACGUCCCAAGACACCGAUGAGGACUUGCCGGAUGCAGGCAACGAUCUGACCAUUUUCCUGACCUAUCUUUUAGGGCUUCUGGGCAGUGUUAUCGGCCUGGUUGCAUCAUUUUUAGGGACGGUGUACAUCUACUUCACGCUGAGCGCCCCACUGUUGAAAGCCAAACGGAAGAGCCAGCCACAGUACGAGGUGAAGAUGAAGAGGAGCUUCUUUGACAAGUGCAGGAAGAAACCACAGCGGAAAUUCAAUUUCAAGCUGACUCCGCCUCCAGAGAGCCAGCGUCCCCCGGCAGUCAAACGAGGCGAAGAGGAGGCUGAUCUUUACCAUGUCCGGUGGGUGUACGAGGACCAGGGAGAGGGACUGAGAAUGGCCACAGACAGGACAGUUGCUGGACCAGGGGAGCAACAGGCUAUGGACAACAGGGCACUCAUGGACGAAAUCAGAGAGAAAGUGGGGGCCCGUCGACUGCCCAGUACGUCGCUGGAUGUCACAGCACAGGUGACUGCCAGCACCGAUGCUCAUCCGGACGGCAUCAUUCAGGACAGCUCCACAGUAGACGAGGUAGUCCUCCGACAAAUCGGCCAGCUUCCAGCUAAUGCUCGGAGCAGUUUUCGUAGGUGCACAUUUGACAACGUGUCAGACUCUAAGGUCAUGUCUACACACAUGUAACAAGCAUAAUUUUUCCUGAAUGUACAGCACUUUGUGAAUUAAACAUUGGUUUCUUGGCAUUACAAAUGACAUCUAUGUUUUUUAAGACUUUUUCAAUUAAGUAUCAAAUUUUGAGGAUCAUUUAAACAGUUGAAAACACAAGAAUUUUAUCUUUAUGGAGAGACAUCAGCUUGUUUUUUGGAGUAGCAGUUGUGAAAUCGUUAUUGUAUUAAAAUAAUACCAAAACUGCAAUAAGUGGAAAGAGCCCGACUUUUUGAUCUUGGAAAAAUUGUUCUGAAAGGCAAAAAAGAGAAUAUUAUAAGUAAAAAAGAUGAAAAGUGAUAGUACACAUCUGACUCAGUUGACGUUUUGUUGGGAAUACGUCAUUAAUCUGACAGUUUGUUAACCCUACGUUUGAUGUAUAUGUUUUAUAGCUUUAAUAUUACUUGCGUAAGAAUUAAGCUUGUUCCAAUCAUUUAUAGAUUUGUUUAUGUACAUAAAUAUUCAAAAUUCACAAAAACGUAAGCUAUGCAAUCCCUGUUUUGAUGCAUAUGUAGGAUGUGUUUAUGUAGAAUAUAUUUGUAAUUGCUGAAUUAAGGGAGUUGUUGACAAACCACUAAUGUUUGACAUUUUAGUCUUAAUUGCACUGAAGUUUGGUGUAAAACAGAAGUAGGAUAUCUUUUUUCUUUCGUUAUUAGUGGAAUGUUUGCUAGAAAGGUUAGUGCAGUAAACCAAGUCAUCAAGUUUUACCUCCCCCCAAAAUAUUAUACUUUUGCAUUUUAAAUUUUAGACAUACACAGUUGGUUUGGCGAAAAAAUCAGAAUAGUUGGAGAUUAAAAUUAAAUAUGAAUUAAAUUAAAACAAAAGGGUAAUUGGAUUUCAAUGAUGAUUUAAUUUGGUCACAAAAGUAUAACUUUGCAUUUCAGAGUCAAAUUGGUUGGCACUGAGAAUAUAAAUCAAAACGAUUUGCAAGGUGUGAAAAAAAUUGGAUUUGGAAUAAAAUAUGCACCGACAAAAAUUGCGAGGGAUAAACUUUUGGAUUUUUAUCAGGAAGAAAAAUUAGCUCUUUCAUUGUCCGCAAAGUCUAGUAAAGGUUUAACAAGUUGUAAAACCUAGAUUGGUAAUGCAAUUUUAAUGCAUCGGAAGGGGUGAACUUUGAUUUUCGAAUUAAAACACAUUCCAAAGUACAAGAAAGUA